UUAUUUAUGAAUAUUUACAAUUACCUCUUUAAGUUCAUCAUAGUUGGAGAUACAAGUAAAAUAAUCUAAGAUAAUUUUAGACGUUGGUAAAAGCUGUUUAUUGUUGUAAUUUACAGAUUCUAGAUUCAGAAAUGAACAUGAUGCCACAAUUGGUGUAGAAUUUGGAUCAAGAAAUCUAAAAAUAAAUGAUAAAUAAAUCAAGUUAUAAAUUUGGGAUACAGUAUGAUAUUUCAUAAUAAUUUAGGCAGGACAAGAAUCGUUUAAAUCAAUAACGCGAUCAUAUUAUAGAGGGUAUAGAGUGAAUUUCUUAUAUAGAUCAAUUGGUGGAAUCCUUGUCUUUGAUGUGACUAACAGAUAAUCUUUUGAAGAUUUAUAAAAAUGGUAUCAAGAAAUUUAAGGAUAUGCUUGUGAUAAAAUAGAAAUGGUUAUAGUAGGAAAUAAAAUUGAUUUAGAAGAGAGGUUAUAAUAAUAUUGAUUAAGCAUAGAAGAGAAGUAUAAACUGAAGAAGCAAAAAAAUAUGCAUAAAAAUAAGGAUUUGCAUACUUUGAAACUUCAGCUAAGACUGGUGAGAAUGUUGACAAUGUUUUUGAAACUAUGGCUAAUUAAGUACUAAAGAAAAUUGAUAGCGGUGAAAUUGAUCCUACUUAAGAAGUACUCUCAAAAUUAUCAACAAUAGGUUUAUGGAAUCAAGAUUGGAUCUAUUGGUAUCAAAAAGAAGAAUGAUAUUGUUUAAACUAGAGAAUAACCAAAAGCUUAAAUUGUUACAACUAAUUAGAAUUAGUAAUAAUAGUAGAAAGAAGGUUGUUGUUGAA